UUGUUGUGAGAGUUAAUGUGCCCACGAUAUUCAGAUAACUGGUGGCUAACGGAAAGUUAAGAAAAAGAAAGACAUACGCACAAUAAAUACAUAUUAAAAUGAGUUACUACUCAAGGAGAUCGUAUUGGCAAUUUGCUCUAUAUUUCUUUGCGCUUACUAUAUACUGCAUAGAUGGAUCCUUCAUAUUGCCUGAGAAUGACCCACCCACAACUGCUCCGAAAUUUUUAUCUAGAGGUCACCUUUAUAAAGUCAUUGUCGGGGAAACAAUAGAGCUGCCAUGCAAAGUACAAAAUCUUGGAUCUUUUGUGCUGUUGUGGAGGAAGGGCUCAUCUGUGCUUACUGCUGGGCAUCUAAAAAUAUCAAGAGAUCAACGUUUUAAAAUUGUUGGCGACUACAACUUGCAGAUCAAUGGAGUUAAGACGCAGGAUGCCGGGGACUAUAUAUGCCAACUUGGGGAUCAGGAAAAUCGUGACCAAGUCCAUACUGUUGAAAUUUUGGUCCCACCAACUCUGAGGGCACUUCCGCACAAUGGACAAGUCACUGCGCGAAAAGGAAGCACUGUCACAUUGGAAUGCAAAGCCUCUGGUAAUCCCGUCCCAACAAUAUUCUGGUUCAAGAAAGACGUGUUUUCCGGACCAACUCAUCUAUCGGAUAGCUCCACAUUGAUAUUAGAGAAUGUGGACAGACACCAUGCUGGCACAUAUCAGUGUUCAGCAGAUAAUGGCGUUAAAGAGCGAGUUUCGAUGGACAUACAGCUAACUAUAUUAUCUCCCCCAGAAAUUACCGUUGAAAAAUCAUGGGUACAUGCAGCAGAAGGAUAUGAUGUUGAACUGGUCUGCAUUGUGCACGGUGAUGUGAGUUCUGAAAUGCUAUGGUACCAAAAUUCAUUUUUACUGGAUCCCACUGAUCGUCGUUCUAUGUACCCACGCGAUGAUAGAUACAGCCUUAUUAUUCGCAACUUUCAACCGACAGAUUUCGGCAAUUAUAGCUGUGUUGCUGAUAAUGCACUGGGAAGAACUAAGAAAUAUAUUGAAGUGUCUGGUCGACCGGGUCCAGCUGAUUUUAUUUCUCCCGCCCUAAGCGGAUUUCUAGAUCACUACAACCUAACAUGGGCAAUCGAGUCUGUGCCCCCAUUGGAUGAGAUCAAGCUAUUGUACCGGCGUCUUUUGAUGAAUGAAACGUAUCAACAUCCUGGUAAAUGGCACGAGUACCACAUCAAACCAACGCCAAUAAGGACAGACGGAUCACACUACUUAAUGUCGUAUGUAGUCAGAAACCUGGAACACAAUGCCGUAUACGAAGCGAUUGUUCAAGCUAAAAACAAAUAUGGAUGGAAUGAGAUCAGCGAUAUUCACCAAUUUUAUACGCGAAAUCAUGACCUUCUUCUCGACAUCGAUAUGGAAUAUAAAAUGGGAGUUUCAAGCAAUAAUAGAAUAGUUCCAACUAUUUGUGGAAUAAUCUUAUGUAUAUUUGUGUUGGUGUUCAAUCCUAUCAUCAGUAUUUAAAAUAUUGCGUUAAACAUUUAUUUGCAAAUAUAAUUUAAAAGGUGCCUUACUAAAACUUUAGCAAAUAAUUAUUCAUAUUUAUACGUAUGUAUAUGUAUGUAUGUACACU